CUCAGCCUAAUCCUCAACCCACCCCCUUCACUAUAAUCUGAUUAGCAGUGGUGUCUGCCAGCAUGCGUCUGUGUGUGUCCAUUUGUAGCUGUGACUUCAUGCAUUUGUUUACUUCUGUGAUAUAACACAACAGGGAUUAGUAGCAGUAGACACAGGGUAAUGAACACAGUUUUGGACUGUUACACUUCCUGACUCCUUGGCUUGGUCAUGGUCCCCAGCUCUACCCACAAUGCCUGUGUUUUACUCACCUGUUCCCGAGCACCUGCACAUGGGUCUGGCCUAUAUGGGAGGCUCUGUGUUCACCAACAACAGGACAGCAGACAGCGACUUCGCCAGGGAGCAGGAGGACGUUUCUGUGGUCAACGAGCUGGUUUCUCACCUUCCCCUGCAGAUGCUACUGUACUUCAACAUGUUUUAUUUUCCCUGUUGGUGGUUUUCUGCUGUCUUCAUGUUGGAAGUUAAGUUCUAUUAUCUUCCCGGGUACUACCAGGCUCUGCUCAUAACCGGGAUGAUCCUCCUCACAGUCAUUGAAGUGGUCCGACUUUAUUUGGGCUACAUUGGCAACCUUAAAGAAAAGAUGCCAGAGCUGGCAGCCUUCUGGCUCCUGUCUUUCAUGUUCCAGCUGCCAGUGCUGCUGUUCUUCCUGACCGAUGAAGGAAUUAUUAUCCUGCCUUUAGAGAAAGCCGUCCACUCCCUCUACCUCCUCUUCCUGCUUGCCCAAAUUCUGGCCUCCUUUCUGGCACUCAAGACCAUGACCCGGAAGCUCACCCUGCUCUUCCAUCUGCGGCAGUUUGGCAAGGUGGAGAACCUCCGCCAUGCAGGAAUGAGUCCUGUCUACGUGCUGCCUUACCACCGCAGCGUCCUGCCCAUGUCCCCCACCCAUGACAUGUACCAUUAA